ACUAGAGUUUAAGUUAGAUAACUAGGCGUGUUGAUCGAUAGACUUCUCUGCAAAAGACGGAAUUGGCAAAACAUUAUUGUUGUUGCAUUUUUGGAUCAUAUUUCUGUCCCAAUACAAAUCAUUUGGAUUUUUGCUUUCAAUAUUGUGGUACUUAAGUAGAGUUCUUGCCCUAGUGAUUUAUAAAAUACAGAAGGAGAAAAUGAUGCAUGAAUAAUAUACAGGAACGUUUUAAAAUUUGAUUAUGAGGCUUUAUGAUCUAUAAAUUCACCAGCCAUAACUUGAAAGGGUGACUGAGUUGGUUGAGCAGGGGAUCUUCCAAAUGAGGGGUCUCAGGUUCGAGAUGCUCAACAUGCUUUCUUGGUCAAGCUUGUUGCACGGAGCUCGCCUAGUGUAGUUUAUCUAUCAUGUGUGGUUUGCGGGUGGGGGAUUACCCUGUAUGCACCCUAAAGAAACCUUUUGAAGUAUCUCUACGAGUGUUGAAUGGACAAGAUGUAUUUGUAUCGAAAUUCAAUGUUAAAAUUUUAUUUCCAGGGAGGAGGUUGGUGCAAUAAUGUCACCACUUGUCUUUCCCGAAAGAAUACUCGCUUGGGAUCAUCUAAGCAGAUGGUAGAAAAUCUCGCUUUUUCAGGGAUUCUCAGCAACAAGCCUCAGUUUAAUCCAGACUUCUAUAACUGGAACAGAGUAAAGGUUGGAUAUUGUGAUGGAUCAUCCUUUACUGGUGAUGUUCAAGAAGUCAAUCCGAUAACUAAACUUCACUUCAGAGGGGCACGGGUUUUUCUUGCUGUUAUGGAGGAACUGUUGGCAAAAGGAAUGAAGAAUGCUGAAAAUGCUAUUCUGUCUGGAUGUUCAGCUGGCGGAUUGACUUCAAUUUUACAUUGUGAUAGCUUCAAAGCACUCCUACCAAUGGGUGCUAAAGUAAAGUGCUUCUCGGAUGCUGGUUAUUUUAUCGAUGUGAAAGAUAUUUCUGGUGCGCCUCAUAUUGAAGAAUACUUCAGAGAUGUUGUUAGCUUACAUGGUUCUGCCAAGAAUCUGCCACCAGUGUGUACCUCAAGGUUGAAGCCGGAUUUGUGUUUUUUCCCGCAAAAUGUUGCUCAACACGUGCGGACACCACUUUUCCUAGUUAAUGCAGCCUAUGAUUCCUGGCAGAUAAAGAACAUUUUGGCUCCUGAUGUUGCUGAUCCCUAUGGGGUCUGGCUCAACUGCAAACUUGACAUACUGAAAUGCUCUUCCAGGCAGCUUCAAAUUAUGCAUGGUUAUAGAUUGUUGUUUCUGAGAGCAUUAAAUGCGCUCGGCCCUUCUUCAUCAAGAGGGUAUUUCAUCAACUCCUGCUACGCACACUGUCAAACUGAAGUUCAAGAAACAUGGUACAGGGCUGACUCUCCUAAGUUAGCAAACAAGACUAUAGCCAAAGCACUCGGAGACUGGUUUUACGACAAAAAUCCAUUCCAGAAGAUUGAUUGCCCUUACCCUUGUGACAAAACCUGUCACAACCGUGUUUUUGAUCCAAAUGUCCAUACUUUCAACAUUGAUAUAUAAAAUCAUUGAUAGAAGUUAUUCUUUGAGAUCAUUGAUAUGAAAAAUCAGAAACUCCCAAAGGGAAAUAGAAAAUAUAGAAGGAAAGAAGCUUGUAUUGAUUUGUUAAAUAUUUCACAAUAAGGGAAAAGUUAUCAUGGCAUAACAUUGUAUGCUGUGAUGCCCUAUAUAGAUACUAAAUAUGUAUUCUUAUGCAAUUAGUAAAGAUAAUCCCAAUAAAAGUGAUUUUACACUU